AAGUAUGGCAGCUGUUGCAACACAUGUGGGUCCCAAACGUAAAAGAAUAGCCAAAAGCAAGAAAAAGUCAUGGAAAAAUAUAGAUGUUUCAAAAGUUGAGGAGUUCCUAGAGGAUGAAAGAUUACAAGAAAGAACUGGAGGGUUAGUGGCUGACAAAAAAGAUGAACAACUUUUCUUUGUGGAUAAAGAAAUUGAAGAACCUGAUAAAGAGCCAGUGCCACAAAAGAGAAAAAGAUCUUCCAAUUAUUUGAAAUGUUACGCCAAUUUGGAGUUGGAUCCAUUGAUAAAACCAGCCAGAAUAGCUCAUAACAUUAAGAAACGCACAGUGUCCCCCAAAGUUCUCGAGCAGCUGGGGAAAAAGGUCAAGUCUGUUGCAAAACUUACAGCCAAAAAGCAGAGAAUAGAAGCCAGAAGAGAAAAAAUUAAAAGAAUAAAAACACGCAACAUACUGCCAAGGGCAAAAUAUGACCUUUGGUCAGAUUCGUGCCAGUCAACAAACCAGCCGGAAGAGAUUGAUUAUUUUUUGGUUGUUACGAAGAAGAAACGAGUUAAAGUUCCUCCCAAAUACAAGAAGCCUACAUCAGAACUACCUGCUGUCGAAGUUCCACAUCCUGGGGCUUCCUACAACCCAGCUUUUGAUGAUUACCAGGACUUGCUGUUGAAAGCUGAAGAAGUUGAGAAGAAAAAGUUGAAAGCAGAAAGAAAGCUCUAUAAUGCACUUGAAGGCAAAUUCCCAUUGUUAAAAGAUACACCAACAGAGAAAACCUGGUUGGAGGAGAUGUCCGCUGGAUUGCAUGAUGAGAAGGCGGGAGAGGAAGAUGAAAAUGUCGACACUGAUCUUGAUAAAAUCUCUGUCAAUCCUCCAGUGAGACGAGAAGACUUCAAAACAAAGAAACAGAAGAGGAAGGCAAGAGAACAGAAACAUGAGCUGAAGAUAGCCACAAAGUUGAAAACAAAAAAGAAGGUUGAAAAUGAAAUAUUCCGUGUGAAAUCAAUCAAGAAGGAGAUCCAUAAACAAGAAACGGUGUAUGAGAAAAGGGCGACAAAGAAAGAAGAACUCAAGGAGAAAAGCAAAUACCUCCCUAAAAGAAUCGGAAAACACAAAUUUGAGGAGCCCGAACUGGAGCUGAAGUUGACGGAUGAACUGAGAGGUUCACUCAGACUGCUUUCGCCUGAAGGACAUCUAUUGGAAGACAGAUUUAAGAGUUUGCAAAAGAGAAAUAUAAUUGAACCCAGAAUAAGGGCCAAGAGGAAAAAUACGUACAAGCCCAAGGUGCUUGAAAAGAAAACUCACAAAGAAAUUACGUUAUGAGGUCUGUUAUAUAUACAGAGGGAUGACAAUUGUACACUUAUAAAUAAAAACUUCCAUUUAUGUAA